UCAGAAAAGAAGGAACAGAUGCCUCUAACCCCUCCAAGGUUUGAUAAUGAUGAAGGGGACCAGUGCUCAAGACUCUUGGAAUUAGUGAAAGAUAUUUCUAGUCAUUUGGAUGUCACAGCCUUAUGUCACAAAAUUUUCUUGCACAUCCAUGGACUCAUUGCCGCUGACCGCUAUUCCCUGUUCCUCGUCUGUGAGGACAGCUCCAACGACAAGUUUCUUAUCAGCCGCCUCUUUGAUGUUGCAGAAGGUUCAACACUGGAAGAAGCUUCCAAUAACUGUAUCCGCUUAGAAUGGAACAAAGGCAUUGUGGGUCAUGUGGCAGCGCUUGGUGAGCCUUUGAACAUCAAAGAUGCGUAUGAG